GAGAAUGUCGAGUUCGCGUUGAGGUCUCUUCCAGUUAGCUAAGAGGCUUGAGGACGCGAGCGGGAUGGCGUCUGACGACGCCGAGACGCGGGAGGCGCAGGAAGCCGAGGAAGACCUGAGGAUCUUCGAGACUCUCUGUAUCUCCUCGCCACGGAAGGCGGAUCCAGACGAAGCUAUGACUCACGAUCUGACGACUACUUUGAGGAGCGAGCUAGCAGCUCUCGAGUACAAGCGGGAUAGGCUUAUGUCCGAGCUGCAAGAGAUGAAGAGCAUCGUGAGAUCGCGGGACCAGAGGGUCGUGGAGCUGCAGGUGGAGGCCGAUCAGCUUCGCGAACAGGCAGCCAGGCAAAAUUCUGUCAUUUCCAGUCUCAAGAAACGUAUUCAGGAACUUGAAGAGAGAGAGAGGAACCUGUACGCGUCCCACGGCAGGAGUGAGAUCACGAUACAAGGUCUGCAACGUGACGUAAAGUAUCACGAGGAAAAGGUCAGAGAGUACGACAAGAAAAUUCGACAAUUGGAGCAUAACAUAUCCGAGGAGAUUCAAUUGAAAGAGCGAGCGCGUCUGAAUCUGCAGGAUUUUGUACGAAGGUUGGCACACGCGUUGAACGUCGAAUACUGCGAGACGGCGCAUCACAGUCCGGAGAUGGUGAUUCACAAGGCCGAGGAGCUCGUGCAAGAGGUGAAUCGGCUGCGAACGAAAAGCACGAACGUGGAAACGCAGUUGACGGGCGUCGAGGUAGAUUUCAGAACCUGCAGAGACGCUCUUGAUCGUGCGACUACGGAAAAGGAACAGUUACAGAGACAGGUAGCCGUCCAGCUGGUCGACAUAGAUCGUCUACGUCAGGAGAAGGAGUGCGUGGAAAUGCAAUAUAGGGUCGCGGAGAAGGACAUGAACGAUCUGAGGGACAAACUCGUGAACGCGAAUAGAAGCUUAACCAGCGCUACGGGGAAUAUAUCCAAUCAAGAGGCGCUUAUCUGCCAAUUACGAGAGGAUCUGAAGGCCCGCGAAGAGAAGACGCAACGCGUGCAAAAUGAUUUGCGUCAUCUCCUAGAGUCCUUGGCGAUUCUAGUCAGUACACCUAAUCGAUUCGUCGAGUCUCACGAAAACGCGAUCAAGGAUCGCAUCCGAGAGAUCCUGGCGGACAACAAGGAUCAGUCGAUAAAAAUGCAAAAUCUUCGGGAAAAGGUGAACGUCGCGACGGAAUCGGCUAAUCGACAGAGCGAAUUAGUUGAAUCCACAAUGAUGAAGGUGCGCAGUCUGGAGGAUGAACGCGCCGCUCUGGAAACAAAGAUACACAAGUUGGAAUCCGAACUUACGAGUUGCGAGCUCUCCAGAGAGUCUUUACGCAGAGACAAGCAAACGUUUAUGGUCUUCUUGGAUCGACUGGGCAAAGCGAUGCAGAUGGACGAAAUUUCUCAAGAAGUCGGGCUCGAUCUUCUAACCGAGUCGCUGUUAGUGCGGGCCGAGCAACUAGCCAGAUUGGAAACCGACAAACUGGUCGACAAGACUUCCGUAGUUUAUCAGUUGCAACGUCGGGUCCGAACUCUACGGGAGCAAUUGCAACGCAGGGACUUGCAUCUGGACCUUCUACGUAGAAAACUAUCUCUGCAAGAGGAUAGCGUGAGGAUGAAAUCACUGUUGCAGAGCGAACGCGACGAGGCCAACAUACGCGCGAAGAAGUUGACGAAACAGGUCGAGCGAUUGCAGGUCCAAUUGUCGGAGGAAAAAUCGCGGAAUCGAGAGUUGAGCGCACAAUUGACGGAUGCCGCAGAUUAUAAGAUAGCUGCGCUGGAACGCAGCCGUAAGAUAGAGGAGCUCCAGAAGCGUCUCGUCGAGAGCGAGAUGUUGAGGACGCGUUAUAACAGAAAGUUGACGAUGAUGAAGGAGCAGAUGAGGACGACCGCGGAGACAGCCGAUCAGGAAAGAUCGAUAAACGAUCAUUCCCUGCAGCUUCUCCGCGACGAGCUCGCUCAGGUCAAGCAAAAUCUCGCCGAGGUCACGAGGAGAGAAACCCAGCUCCAGAGCUUCCGUGUCUCCGUGGCAAAGCUAUUGUCGGAGCCAAUCUGCACAUCCGAUUACGAGAUCAUUUCGCGGCUGCAGAAAAUGGUCGCGGCUCAUCGCGACUUUACGAUGCUUUCCCGCAGAUAUGACGAGCCUUUGGAAACAAGUCCCUCGAGGUGCACCAGCAUUCAUCCGGUCCAUAUGCCGAGAUCGCCCGGAGGUUCACGCUGCACCCGUUACGAGGACAGCGGUUUUGCGGACCCACCGGAUCUCCACGACAUCGACGAUGAUUACAACAAGAGGCCAGUGAGGAGCAGCCUUCUUCCGUGACACCGGCCAAGGUUCAAGUUUUAAGUGUUCCUGGGGCGAGGAGAUUAAACGAUCACGCGUCUAAUCCACCUCCUCGGAAAUUCGAGUUUCCGGAUCUCGGAGCCGUAGCUUGAACGAUGCUGCGGGGAAUAACUUUGCACGUGCGUCGUAAAGCGUUACGUUUACCUCGUGUAAACGAUCGACUUUUACGAGACGAGAUGAAGAGGACCAUUUGCUCUUAUUUUUCUAUUCGCGACCAUCGUUGCCUUACAAAUUAGACAACGGGCACGCCAUAAGAUCGCUCGCACGUCGGUCGAGCGAUCGAAUAGCUCGCCCCGACACCGUUUUCGAUGAAAUAAGCAUGAAGGAAUAUCGAACCACCGAUCCGUGCUAUUACGAGGGAAUGGAAGAGGAAAUCGAUCCGACGCGUUCUCGUGAAAUCGCAAUUUUACGCUAAUUAUUUAGCAAGCGUGAGAAAUUCCUAACGGAUCACAUGGAAGUGCGAUACUGGACGUCGUAAAGCAUCAGCUGUCGUGAACGAAAACCAGUCAAAAGUGUGUUCAGCGAAAAUUACGCGUCCGUAAAGUUUAAGAUAAUUUAUUUCGGAAAUAUUUACAAGCCGACCGCGCGUGGUGCAGACUUUGAUUUAUAUGUGAAUAAAAUACCUAUUAUACGCUAUAUAUACAUAUAUACAUUGCUCUUCUAAAAAAGACCGCCUGGAUGUGCCACUUGAAGCAAACAACAGAGUUAUUAAUAUGCAUCAAGAAUAAAACUGUAUCGAGUAAAAAUAAUCAAACAUGCGGAACAUGUGCAGAUGACGUCAUGUGAAAUAUAGAAAAAUUUUAAUUUGUAAGAAAGCCAAUGAAAAAUUGUGCACAAAGAUUUGGAAUAUAAAUUAAAGACUGAAUAAUAGAAUUUAA